CCGGCACCGGUUCAGCCACGUCAUGGCAGAAGCAGAUGCAGCUGAUGCUGAGGACAGUAAGGAUCAGGUGCCAGAGGAUCUGAAUCUGCUUCACUUCUUGGGACGAGAGGAACUCUCAGAUUGCAGCAUCAGGUUGCCGGCUUCGGGCGCCCUGCCAGCUCAAGAGGUGAAAUGUCACCGCCUGGCCUUGUGUUCCACCUCAGGCUACUGCUUCCAGAAAUUCCUGGGCCCCGAUGCGCCCAGUACCUUGGAUCUCCCUGAGCUGCCCGAUGAUGCCGAGCUUCGACGCCAGAUGCCACUGCAGUCGCUGUUCCAACUGGUGCUUCGCUUUGCAUAUGGUGGCCAAAAGUGGGAACCACUUGAAACGCUGGUCACACCGGAGUCCUGUCCCGGUCUCUACGCAUUGGCCAAGUUACUGGACGCUCGGGGUUUGGUGAUAGCGGCUGAGGCCAUGGACUUGAAUCCAGGCACCGCUGCCAAGCUGCUGUAUGUGGCGUCACAGCUGAAGGACCAAGCGGAUUUUCAAUCUGCGCUGGAUCGGUCCCUGGAUGUGGUGCGAGACGGCUUUGGGCCCUUGUGCUUGAGUCCGCCACACAUGGGACUCCUUGCUAAGUUGCCCGUGAGCUUGUUGCUACGUUUGCUGGAGCAAGAUGCGUUGAACGUACCACAGGAGGAAAACGUUUUGCGUUUUGUCCGGCACAUCCUGUGGCGGCGCUUGCUGCGUGAGGAGAAACUGCUGACGCUUAGCGGUGGCCUUGAGGGACUCGAGAGCGAAGGGCUACAACUGCGAUGGGAGUCGAUGGCGGAGGAUGGCCAUGGCUCCGAUGGCUCCAAUGGCUCCCCAGCUGUGGAUCGCUAUUCCGCCUCAGCGGCCGCACCUGAAGGUUCCGCUGACAUCCCAGAGCUCUCCCAUCGAAUUCCCGCGGAGUCUGGCACCACCAUCUCCCUCACAGCUCUCAAAGGCGAAGAGGUCUUGUUCGCGGCAAAGCUGCCGAUUAACUUGGAGGAGCCCGCAGCAGAGGAUUUGCGUCAAGAGGCCUUCUUGCAAGAUGGCAAGUCAGUGACCAUUUGCUACAAGUAUACCCUCAGUGAAGCACCGGCCGAGGACGCGCCCGCGGCGCCCGUGGCUCCCGCGGCCGAAGGAGCUGAGGGUGCCGAGGGUGCCGAGGGCGCGGAGGAGGUGAAGGAAUCCACGAAGCCCGACGCAGCUCUCAGUGCUGAGGAGACCAAGCGCCUCUUGGGCGUGGUGCGUUUUGGUCAGUUGGAUCAUCAGCAGCUGCUGCUGGCUGUGAAGGAUCCUGUGUUGGAGAAGGCCGGUGCUCAGCCGCACCUCCUUGGAGCCUUGAGCGCGCGCCUGGCGGUUUACGAAGCCGCCGAGGCGGCCGCGACCGUUUCGGCGCCCAGCGCAAGGCCCUCCACCCGAGGUGCUCAGCCAGCGCCCCAGGCAACCCAGGCGACCGAGGCAGUCGCCCCGCCACCGGCUGCACCGCCAGUGCCACCAGAGGAGGGCAGCCCCGUUCUGCUGAGAGGUUCGAUGGGCGCCACCCUUUUCCCUUGCACUUGUGGAGAAGGUCGAAUGCAACUGAGACAAGCAGAGGGGCGCUUUGUGGCCCGCUGCAACCGUUUGGCCAGCUGUGGUCAAGCCAUCUGGCUGCCGAGCUGUGUGGUGGCAGCAGCUGUGGAUGGCCAUUGCGCCGUGUGCGCCUUGCGUUUGGGAGCAGAGGCGGGAAAUCUGGGAGGUGCCUGCGAAUACGUGCAAGUUCGGACGUUGACGGUGCGUUUGGGCCGAGACCAAUGUCGCGCCCUGCGGAAGCUUCCCAGCGGGGUGGACACGCUGUCCGGAGGACUCAGUUGGGACUUGGUGUGUUUUUUUUUCUCGGGAAACCCAUGGUUAGCCAUUUUUAGGGAAGGAUUUGAUCUAGAGAAAAUAAGUUUGGAAACAUAA